GACAAACUAGUGUUUUCAGACAAAUGUCCGAUCAUCAAGAAUCUUCCCAGGGAUUACCGUGCUGACACCAUGAGUGAGGAGGACGCGGCGGGUCGGGGGGACCGGGACCGGGAGUCCACCCUGCUGCUCACCAAGGACGGCCAGCGCUACUACGUGAACCGCAGCGGGGUGCUGGACAGCAGGAACGACCCGGACCUGGGGGACCCGGAGGGCCCGGACCCCGACGACCCGGACCCGGGCGAGGAGAGCGACGUCCUGGACACGUCCGACCCGCGGGACGAGCGGGACGACGAGGACGCGGGGGAGGGCGACGCCGCCCCCAAGCAGUGCACGUACGACGGCUGCACCGAGACCACCACGCAGGUGGCCAAGCAGAGGAAGCCCUGGAUGUGCAAGAAGCACCGCAACAAGAUGUACAAGGACAAGUACAAGAAGAAGAAGAGCGACCAGGCCAUGUCCAGCGGGAAGCUGGACGAGAACGCAGAGGAGCGUCCCGUGUCGGUGAACAAGCAGCGUCUCAGUGCCAUGGGGGACCGUCCUGCCAGACCCUCGCUGAUCGAGCAGGUCCUCAACCAGAAGAGACUGUCCCUGCUCAGGAGUCCGGAGGUGAUCAGCUUCCUGCAGCAGCAGCAGCAGCAGCUCCUGGCCACGCACAACCGCCUGCACUCCCAGCAGCACUUCCAGGGCUGCUGACGGCGGCUGCUCGCUGCACGCCAACACGGACUGAUCACUGAUCACUGAUACCUGAUCCAUGAUGGAUACAAAGCUGCAAGCAGGACCUGUCUGCAGUUAAAGAAACAGGCCGAAAAAAGAAAAACUUUUGGACUAAGCUCAGAUUUCAUCGUGUAGCACACAAUGUUAAGGAAUUCUAUUUUUCUAAGUGAGCCAAAAAUUCCCUCCAUUGACUGUGAAUUCAUGUUUGCCAGUAAUAAUGAAGGCCUUGGGUUCGACAUGUUUAAUGCUUCACCUCAUCUAGUAUUGGCUCUCACUGUUUUAAUGAUAUUCUUGUCAAACGUGACAAUCAUCUUUGCAACCAAGUGAAGCUUGUAGGACUUGCUCAUUGUACUGUAUGUCUGUUCAUAUUUUAUCUGUAGCACAAGUUUUAAAUUAUGUUUUUUUUUUUUUAAAGAUUUUUUGGGCUCUAGUGGCCCUUUAUUGAAGAUGCAGACUGGAAAGGGGUAGAGAGAGAGAAUGGGGACGACACGCAGCAAAGGUGCGCAGGCCGGGAUUCGAACCUGCGACCGCUGCAGGAGGAGGACUGUAGCCUCAGUAUAUGAGCCGCUGCUUAACCCACUGCGCCACUGAGCGGCCCAAGUUUUAAAUUAUGUUUUAAUGCAAGUAAGGGUAGCAGUGUAAAAGAAUUGAUUUACUGGUAAAGUGCAAAAAAGCUCAGAGAAGUGACUGUAUGAAGCUCAUUAUGUUGUGUUUCCCUGGCUCAGUAUAAAAUAUUUAAAUAUGAAAAUGUUAACAAAAUAAAGAGAUCCCACACUCUGUAUUUAU